GCCGCUGGUGGCACUGCCCGCAGAGCCACCCGGCAGCCGGGUGCCACCCAGGGCGAGGUGCAGCUGGAAAACCCCGCUCCAGCACCCCAAAACCAGUGUCCCCAUCUGUUCCCCCACGCCGUGUCCCUCUCCGCAGCCCCAGUUUGGAGAUGGUGGUGCUGGAGCGGGGAGGGCGGGGAGGCCGGGUGCUGCUCCCCGGUGCUGGAUGCGUGCGUGCCGCCGGGCUCUUUCCUUCCUGCAGCGAGCGAGGCAGCCCAGCCUUCAGGGAAGUGUUUUGCAAUCACCUUCUUCAGAGAGUCGCAGCAAUUAACGGCGCUGGUUUUGAGGAACUAACGGGGAAAGCAGCAUGUUGGCAAACGGGCUGAGCGCAGGGAGCUGGAGGCCGGCGCUGGGAGCGGGCGGUGACGGCAGCCGAACGGAGAGGGGCUGAAGACACCCGGUACAAGCUCAGCCCGUGGUGCAGCAAAGCACAGGGCGUUUGUGCCCCGGAGAGCCGGCGCCAAGACCUGGUGAGCGGGGUCUGCUGGUGGGGAGACCCAAAAGGACUCCUACAGCCCGGGGACAGACCUGUCCGUGCUGCAGAGGGGCAGCUGCAGGUGAUGCCAAAGCCACGGAGCAGACCAUGGCCAGGCGCGGUGUGGGGACGCCCUUGCUGCUGCUGCGGCUCUCCCUGCUCCUGCUCCUCCGCCUGGGCGGGACCCUCGGCUGUGCCUCGGUGGAGGUGGGCUCGCCCGUGGUGCCGCUGGGCUCGGCCGUCACGGCGUCAUGCAGCGUGCGCAGCAGGCUGUGCCGCGGGCUGCAGGGCGGGCGGGCACGGAUCUCCUGGAUGCUGGACAACGAGACAGUGGCUGGGAGCCAGGGCCGCGGCGCGGGGGACACCGAGGUGUCCAACCUGACCCUGCCCCAGUUCAACCGCACGCAGGCCAAGCUGUGGUGCUGGGUGGAGUGGAACGGGACCAAGCAGCGGGUUGGCCUGGCUGAGAUCCGGGCGGGCUACCCCCCUGCCAAGCCCUCCAACCUCAGCUGCCUGCUCAACCUCAGUGACUACGGGCUGACGUGCCGCUGGCAGCCGGGAGCCGACAGCCACCUCCCCACCAGCGUGGUGCUCAAAUGCUCCACGAGCAGAGCCCCGGCGGUGACGGGCUGCACCCCUCAAGGUGGCCGCAGCCACUGCACGGUGCCGCGGCGCCUGCUGCAGCUGUACGGGCAGAUGGAGAUCUGGGUGGCCGCCUCCAACGCGCUGGGCACGGCCGAAUCCGAGCGCCUCCGCCUCGACCCCAUGGACGUCGCCCAGCUGGAGCCCCCGGCCCUGCGGAGCAUCCAGUCCGUGCCCCCCCAGACCGACUGCGUCACCCUGGCCUGGGCGGUGGCACCGAGCAGCGCGCACAUGGAGCUGUGGUGUGAGCUGCGCUACCGGCCCCCCGAGGACCCCAACUGGGUGCUGGUCACUGGCAUCGUCGGCCAGGCCGGCACGGCGCAGUGCUGCGGGCUGCUUUUCGGGACCCAGUACCUCUUCCAGAUGCGCUGCCGGCGGCACUCAGCACAUGGCCACUGGAGCGAGUGGAGCGCGGCCAGGAACCACACCACCCAUGAGAAAGCCCCCACGGGGAAGCUGGACGCAUGGUGGAGCACGCGGCCGGACCCGGCGGGCAGGAGGCUGGAGGUGCAGCUGCAGUGGAAGGCCCCGAGGCAACGGGAGGCAAACGGGCGUUUGCUGGGGUACCGCGUGGCUCUGGGACCCCGGAGGAGAGGCAGGGAGCCCCCGACUGUCUGCAACACCUCUGACACCCACUGCGACUUCACCGCCCCGGCGGGGACCAGGAGGGUUUACCUCUCAGCCUACAACGCCGCCGGCGAGUCGGCAGCAACCGAGGUCGUGCUCCUGGAGAGGAAAGGUCAGCCCCUGGCUGGGCUCCGGGCCGUACCCGCAGGUGAACGAAGCCUCUGGGUGCACUGGGAGGCACCCCGGGCCCCGGUGGCCGCCUACGUGCUGGAGUGGCAGCGGGUGGCCUCGGAGCCCAGCCACUGCAGCGCCUGCUGGCAGAUGGAGCGCGAUGGGGCCGCCACCUCUGCCCUCAUCCAGGAUGGCAUCGAGCCCUUCCAGCGCUACAACAUCUCGGUGUGCCCCCUCUACAAGGAUGCCGUCGGGACGCCCACCCACACAGCAGCCUACUCCAGGCAGAAGGCACCAUCCCACGCCCCGAAGCUGCACCUGAAGAGCAUCAGCAAGGCCCACGCGGAGCUCUGCUGGGACCCGGUGGCCGUUGAGCUGCAGAAUGGCUUCAUCACCAACUACACCAUCUUCUGGGCCAACAGCACCGCCGAGGUGGCCAGUGCCGUUGUGAAUUCCUCCUUCAAUUCCUUCAUCAUCAGGGACCUGAAGCCAUCGACCCUCUACAAAGUGCACAUCAUGGCCUCCACGGUCGGCGGCAGCACCAACGGCACCAGCCUCACCCUGGUGACCAUGGUGCUGGAUGACAUCGAGAUCCAGAUCCUCUUCCUGACCCUGGGGCUGAUCUUCGUCCUGCUCACAGCCCUGAUGAUUUGCUUCCAGAAGAAUGGGAGGGUGAAGCAGCAGUUCUGGCCCAGCGUCCCCGACCCGGCCAACAGCAGCCUGGGGAAGUGGGUGCCGGCAGAGCUGCAGCAGGAGCCUCCGCAAGUGCCCAGUGCGAAGGAGCCCGCCCUGGCGACCAUUUCUACCGUCACGGUGCUGGAAAGAGCAGCAGGGAAGCAGGCACCCGUUUGGGGCAAGGAUUCCCCCGCAGAGACCGCCGUCGCCUUCCCCGGGGUACCCCAGCCCUAUGUGCAGCAGGACGGCCCCGGCAGGGCCAUGGAGCUGGGCACUGGCUCCUACGGGAGCGGUGAGACCGUGCAGUACGCGCAGGUGGCAGGGGAUGGCUACAAGGGCCAGCAGCACGUCCCGUGUCGCCUCUACCUCCGCUCCAGCUCCACGCAGCCCCUGCUUUUCGACCGCAGCCCCAGCCCCAAACCCUACGAGAACCUGUGGUUCCAUGGGGCCGCCCCCAGCCACGGCUGCCAGGGGGCCGGGGGCUUCUUGGAGGAGCCCCUCAUCGACUUCCCCCUGCUGCAGGGCCUGCAGAUCAGCGGGGCCGAGGAGCUCCACGACUUCCAGCGGUGUUAAUGGCGCCAUCCCGUUAUGGGACCAAAGACCCCGGACCAAACUCCACUCCAUGAUCCGCCCCCCUGUGCCCCCCAAGCUGGGCAUGGAGCCUCCCUUCUGUUGACCCUAAGAGCCUGCAGCCCCCGGGGUGCUCUGUGGGGACCCUGGGCUUGUCCCUUUUGCUUUCCCAUCCUCUUUUGCUUUCCCAUCCCUUUUUUCUCCCAUCCCUUUUGCUCUCCCAUCCCCUUUGCCCUCUGCUCCUGUCCCCCAUGCCCCCCAAGCUGGGCAUGGAGCCUCCCUCCUGCUGCCCCCCAAGGCCCUGCAGCCCCCAGGGGUGCUCUGUGGGGACCGUGGGCCUGUCCCUUUUGCUUCCCCACCCCCUUCACCCUCCUGUCCCCUUUAUUUUCCCCCUCUACCCCUGUCCCCCCCACGACCCCACAGCCUGGCUGUGAGGCGCGGGCAACCCCUCCCUGCAGAGCAGCCCUAACCGGGGGCCUCCCAGUGCUGCGUCCCCGCCUCCCCUGAUAACAACAACCCCAAAGAAAACAAAAUAACAACAAAAAUAAAAAUAAACAGGGAUCAGCCCGG